CCCUCGGGGGGCACGUGAACCGGCUGCGCGCGCAUUUCGUCAGUUAUAGUCCGUUAUUAUCGUUACAUUUCCAAAUGCAAAGGAAAUCGACCAACGCGGGCUGCGGCUGUAGGGCCUCGAUCCCGCGGGACCGUCAGCCUGCGCAGCACCAUGAAGCCAAGGGGACGGGACCCCUUCCGUGCGUAACGGUCAGCGGGUGGCCAGCAAAGAGUCCUGCUGCUGUUGCUCCAAAAAGACCUGUCUUAUCUGUCAGUGCAAGAAAAAUUAAAGAUAACGCAGCAGACUGGCAUAAUUUAAUGAUGAAAUGGGAGACCCUGAAUAAUAAUGGAUUUACUACUGCAAACAAAAUUGUAAACUUGAAAAUUGGCACACAAUUUAAAGACAACAAGCUGGAGAUAGAAUGUGACGACAUUGCGUCUGACUGUGGAAAGCUGUCUCCAAACUAUAAUGAAGAACUUGAGAUGUUCUGUGCAGAAUUGCUUGGGACCUUGGAAAACAUGGCAAAAAUACAACUGAAAAUGGAAAAACUGUGUUCAACUACUAAAGGAAUUUGUGACUUAGAAACAUAUCAUUAUGAAAAUGGAGAUUGCAGGACACCACUCUUUCACACAUGGCCCACUACGUACUUCUAUGAGGUUUCUUUCAAGCUCACUGAAAUGUACAAGAAGGAAAUACGACUUAAACAAACGAUUGUGCAAGAGAUUGCUCAUACGGCUGACCAAGAUCUUAUGAUGGUUUAUUUAUCGUCUUGGUUGUACCAGCCCUAUAUUGAGAGCAGCAGCAAACUACUACUAGAAAGCAUGUUGCUAGAAACAGGACAUAGACCAGUGUAGCAUUUAAGACUACUUCUAAAGAUACUCAUGUGACAUUGAAGCAGCAACAAACUGAAAGGUUAAUUAUAUGUUGUAUUUUUAUAAGGUUAUUAAAAUGUGUUUUUCCUCUCUU